ACGGGGGUGUUUAUGUGUGUGUAUGAGUGUGUAAGCAAUGCUGGUUAGGGUGAUUGGCUGAUGCCCAGACAGCAUCCUCAAAGGAAUUGUAAGGAGCAGUUGUCGUUGUGGCUGAUGUGUGCCAGGCCACCUUUCUCUCUCUAUGCUUACACACACACAAACACACACUCUGGACCUUUCCCACACCUCCUUUAGUCUUUGCUUUUAGAGAUUUCAGGUGCAAUAGCCAGGACAGACCUGUGGCCUGUCGCCAGAGUGAGCGAGGACGGAGAGGAAGAGAGAGAUGGACACAGUUGAAGAGGAAAGGGAGAGGCUUUUAAAUGGAUGAAAAGAGGGAGAGAGGGAAAGAGAAUUUGUGCCAUACCAGCUGUCCAGCCCUGGCCUGCCAGAUUACCCAGAAGGCCGUUGGAGUCGUGACUGGAAGAACGCUGCUGCAUCCACAGGCCUUGUACCUGCCAGAUGGGGGGGCUGAGGGAGGGAGAGUAAGGAAGUGAAAGGAUCAAGAGAGGAAGCGCAAGUGGGAGAGAGAAAAUAAGCAAUGAAAAACUGAAGUGCAUCAUUUGGCAUACAUGUCCAAUGGGCAACUCAGACAUAUAAAGACAGGAGAACCCUUUGUGUUCAAUGCCAGAGAGGAUCUCCACCGCUGGAACCAGAAACGUUAUGAAGCUCUGGGAGAGAUCAUCACUCAGUAUGUUUAUGAGCUGUUGGAGAAAAAGUGCAACAUGACUAAAGCAAUCCUGCCAGUAGAUGCCACAGACGAUGAGCCCUCCAGUUUUAUCUACAUGAGCCCUAAUGCCUUGUCCAACCCGUCCAAGCUACUGGUGCUGAUCCAGGGCAGCGGUGUGGUGCGGGCCGGUCAGUGGGCCCGCAGACUCAUCAUCAACCAGGACCUGGACUCAGGGACGCAGAUCCCCUUCAUCACCAGAGCCAUGGAGGAGGGCUAUAGCGUGAUGGUGCUCAACCCCAAUGAGAACUACCUGGAGGUGGAGAAACCGUCCAAGUCCUCUCCUCUGCCCUCUCCGACCGAACCCUCGGAUGAACCGGCUGAAAAGAGGGAACGCAAAGAUGACAAAGAGGGCAAGAAGAAGAGAGAAUUUUAUGAGAAGUACCGCAACCCUCAGAAGGAGACAGAGACUGAACGGACCCCAAUACGGGAAAAUGGUUCUUCCGAGGAACACGUGCUGUACGUGUGGGACCACUUUGUGUCCAAAGCCGCAGCCAAGAAUGUCUUCAUCGUGGCCCACAGCUAUGGAGGGCUGUCUUUCGUUGAGCUGAUGAAUCAGAGGGAAAUGCAGGUGAAGAACAGAGUGUGUGCUGUGGCUCUGACUGACUCGGCUCACAACAUCUGGCUACAGGAGACCAGCAAAGGCACACAGGACUGGAUGCAGCAGCAUUGUUGCAACUGGGUAUCGAGUCCAGAGCCCCUGGACACACCGCUGGAUCCCAUGCUGCCAGACUGCCCCCGAGUCUCUGCAGGUACAGAGAGACAUGAGUUGACCUCCUGGAUGAGUUUCAACUCCAUCUUCAGGUUCUUCAGUGAGGUCUUGGAGGCAAAAGAGGACGAGGAGGCAGAGGAGACCUCCAACAUUGUCACCACACGCAGCAGCUCCCUCAAAAACAAACACCAAGAUUUGUAGAGGACCAAGAACAAUGAGUUGGAAUAAGAGGAGUGGGAGGGGGGAUCAGAUGAGGGAGCAACAGAAAGGGAGGCUAAGGUUUCAGCUCCUUUCUGCUAUUUUUUCUUUUUUCUCUCUCUCUCUCUCCCUCUGUAACCUCCAUCUUUCCUGCCCCACUCUUCUCCCUGUGUGUCAUUUCUCCCUUCCGGCCCUCCUUGGCUGUGCGCACACAUAGCCUUGUUGUUGCAAGAGACAAGAGUACAGGGUCACCAUGUAUACAUCACAAUAACGUUUUGCAUUACUUCUAGAUGAACGCAACUGUCAAAGCAAUAUGGGCCUGAGUGUUAGCGCUUCCCAUGGGCUGUGGCCUGGCUGCGGGUAUGGGCCACGGCAGCAGAGAUUAAGGCUGACAGGCGCUGUGCACAAUGCGCUGUGGUGCACCUCUAAUUGUCCUGACAUCAGCCUGAACUGAGCUAAUGCCCCGCCUGCCCUCCAGUCUGCACUGCUCAGUCUCUCCCUCCUCUCCCUCUUCCCCGCUGGUCCUAAAGCCUGGGCCGCUUACCCUGAAAUCAGCUCAUGCUGUAUGGUAUCUUCUGCUAACCAUUAGAUAUCAUUUCAACCUGCUCAGCGCCCUUUUUUUUUUUCUUUAGCCCUUACUCACCUCAAUUUUUUUUAAACAAGUGAACACACGCUCUUAACUGGUCACCAUUUGUUUUGUUUUAACAAAGCGUAUUGUUUUUAUGACUUCUUUAUUCUCUAACCCCACUGCAUAUGCAGUCUGCUUUUAAACUUGACUUCUCUCAUUCAGCUUUGUGUGAAAUAUGGUUCUAAUAUGUGCCAUAUAUCUCUGGGUUUGCUGUGCUUAUAAUAAGAGAGAUCUUUUUCUAAUUUCUCAACUUUGAGCUAAAUUUGAAUGCAUUGUUUCAUACACACGUUCACACUAUUUGAUUUUUAAUAUUAAGCCAAUACUCUUCAGUGCUGUAAAUGUUUACUCUGGAGUAUCCCUGGGUUUGAUCUGCAAAAUUAUGGAGAGUCCAUCUUUAUAUCUUUAUUUCAUAUAUAUAUAUAUAAAUAUAUAUAUAUAUAUGUGUGUAUCCUUGAAAUUGAUGUCUCCAGAUGAUUGAAUGUGAUGAAACAAAUAAAACAAACACAACCUGUGCCGAAUAUGGAAAAUUCAGGACACUGAGCAUAUUUAAAAUCACUUAAAGUCAAGCAUCAAAAUGGGUUUGAGGGAUAUCUCAUUUUAACAGGAGCCAGAAGUCAGCUCACAACACUCAUAAAGCCUCAAUAUAUCGCCUUACACAUGUCAGGAAAUCCAAGAUUUCAAUAUUAUUCUAAGCCUGAAUGAUAUUUCCUUAGAUGUUGGAGAAAUGUAACAUAUCUAUUUUCCCCCCUUUUUUCCGUCCACCAAAGUACUUUUCUUGUGUACUUAGAAGUGACAAAGUCAGCUCCCUGCUCAGCUGCACAUAAUCUGACUAUGUGACACAAACAUGAUAAAAAAAAAAAAAUUUCCAUAAGGCUGGUGUGUUUUAUAAACCACUCAAAGCUUAAUGGAAUACAUUUCUAAUGUGUCAUGACAUUAGUAAAACCUCAAACUGGAUACUAAAUCUUAUGAUACCUUAGACACAUUCUCAAAUAUGUACUUUUCUUUUUUUUUCACUUCAAAUAGUUACCAUUGUUUAACUUUUAUACUGUGAAAUCCUGCCUCUCCUGCCCACUGUGUGCAUGGUUUAAGGCUUUUGUGGAUUAUCUUUCCGCUGUAAUGAGACAACUGUGGCUGAUGGUUGCAGGCCUAAUUUCCUUUUAAUUUGAUUCAGAUCUCUCCAGGUUUCAGCAAAGAAGUUGGCUUAUUAUUUGAUUUGAUGAUUUUCGUUUCAAGAUACCAUUGCUCAUCUUCCUGCUUUUCAGCUACAAUCAGUUCAUUUUUCACUCCAUAAUUUGUAUAUUGUUGCCUUAGGAAUAAACAAGACUCUGCUCACUGUUUUUAAUAGUAUCCAGCAAGCCAUAUGUGAAUGGAACUAAAGAUGUAAGAGCAGCCUAAAUCCAAAGCACAGUCUGCAAAUAAAAGGGGACUAAUUUUGCCAAUUGCUCUUGAAGACAUUAUUUUUUGCAGAUGGUUUAUAUGUUGUAUUGGUUUAAGAAACACACAUUUUGUUUUAAGCGUUUGGAUUUUAUGAAACCGCGAGUGUCCUGCCAGGUCACAUAUUUUUCUUAAACUCUCAGAUGUCUGUCUCUUUUUCUUUUUAACCAUUCUGGCUUUAAACGGUUUUCUUUCAAAGUUAUUCUAAAGUUUCUUCAACGCAGUUAUGACUCUUCAUUUUACACAAUUGAUUCAUUUUUGUAAUUAACCUGUAAAACCUGUCGAAAGCAAAUAAAAUGAACUUUUGCACCUUGGUUUUUACCUGUC